AUGGCUGAAGAUCAGGGUGAUGCAACUCCAAAAUUCACUCGUUACUCGUGUGCUUUUUGUGAAAAAGCAUACGAAACUCGACAAGCACUAGGAGGACACCAACGUGGUCACAAACACGAACGAAAUGUCAUACGAGGGAUUAAACCUAGGCCAAUCCCUCGCGGUUCAAGGGGAAAAUUGAGUUUUACCUCAGGAGCUUGCAAGGUUGAUAUGGAAAAUAUCAAUGCGUUGAAAAUACCAAAAGGAGAUGAAGUGAAAGAGGCCGAUCAUCAUCAAAAUGAUGCAAAAUCUGAAUUUACAUUUGUUUUACUUCCCAUGACAAAUGCUCAAAUCAACGGGUCAGGGAGUCAACAUAUUCCUAUGACUGAAAUUGACUUUGGUCUGGUUUCAAAGAAAGAUGCUAAUAAUGAUUCUCAUAACGAUGACAAAGAGACAAAUUUCAAUUUAGUCGACUAG